AUGGCCCCAAUCCGCUACAAAUGCCCCGGUCUCAGAUUGGAUGAAGGUCUGGGGGCCCUGGCCGUCUGCGGCAGCGACGGACGCACCUACCGCAGCCUUUGCCAGCUGCGCGUCCAGAACCGGCAGUCCCGCCCGGGCUACCAGCUGCCCGUCGUCGCCGUCCAUAAGGGAAGCUGCGGAGAGGCAGUUACUGUGGACCCCAAUAGCCCGAGGAACAAAUUUAACUUUAUUGCUGACGUGGUUGAGAAAAUUGCUCCUGCUGUUGUCCACCUGGAACUCUUUCGCAGGGCGCCCUACACGAAGAAAGAGGUACUGGUCUCCAGUGGCUCAGGUUUCAUUGUAUCUGAGGAUGGGUUGAUUCUCACCAAUGCCCACGUUCUCACCAACAAGCCGAGGAUCAAAGUAGAGCUCAAAACGGGCCAACAACUGGAUGCCCAAAUCAAAGAUGUUGAUCAUAAACUGGACAUUGCUGUGAUCAAAAUAGACACCCAGGUAGCCCUUCCAGUGCUCCUGCUGGGCAGAUCCUCUGAUCUUCGGCCUGGGGAGUUUGUGGUGGCCCUGGGGAGUCCCUUCUCCUUGCAGAACACGGUGACCACAGGAAUCGUCAGCAGUACCCAAAGGGAUGGCAGGGAGCUUGGGAUGAAGGACUCCGACAUGGAAUAUAUCCAGACAGAUGCCAUUAUCAACUAUGGAAAUUCAGGAGGGCCAUUGGUGAACUUGGAUGGUGAAGUCAUUGGAAUGAAUACCCUGAAGGUUACAGCUGGCAUCUCCUUCGCCAUCCCCUCAGAUCGAAUCCGCCACUUUCUGGAAGAAUCUCACAACCGACAGGUGAAAGGUAGUAAGAUUACACCCAAGAAGUAUCUGGGACUCCGGAUGGUACCUCUUACUUUCAAUCUCAUCCGUGAGCUGAGACGGCAUGAUCGGGAUUUUCCCAACCUGACCUCGGGUGUCUAUGUUUAUGAAGUGAUACAAGGAACAGCUGCUGCAAGUGCUGGCCUGAAAGAUGGUGAUGUCAUUAUAGCAAUAAAUGGGAAACAAGUCGCUUCAACCCAUGAUGUAACAGACGCCGUACAGAACAACCAUACCCUGGCCAUGGUGGUGAGACGAGGAAAUGAAGACAUCAUUCUGACAGUAACUCCAGUGGAAAUUGAUUAA